AGAGAGUGGUCGAUUGGAACUGUCUCUCUCUCUGAUUCCUCUUGCUAUUAUUACUUUUUACGCUGCGAAUCAAUCGACUUCGCCAUUCCCCCGCUGUAGAAGGCCGCAAGCUGCGUAGACAAGCUGCCUCCCCAUAGACAACGCCAUCCUCCACAAAAACAAACAAAGAGGAGCAAACAGCCGCUAUAUUUUUCCUUUCAUACGCUCCACAGCGUUUUGAAUAGCACAUCUUCCUCCCUCUGCGUCACGUCGUUUAUUUUGUUUUGUACUUGCCUCUUUUUUUUCCUUCCUUCUUUCCUCUUCCUCCAUCGUCGUUCUUAUCGAGUUUUAUUUGUACUACUUGAAUUAUUCUCCAGCAGUAGAGUUCAUCACACCGCAAAAAGCACACCACAUUACUCGUCACACCGCCAUGGAUCGCUUCAGACACCUUAGGAUCGUUGACAGCAGCGAUUCGGACAGCGAGGAGGAGCCGACGCUGCAGCCGCACGCCCAGCCGCCCAGCGACGCCGCACGUGGCAACGACCCCGCCUCCGCCUCCGUCGGCCCAGGGCUGGAGGGCAGCAACGCAAAGUGCAGCCCACCUUCUCCGCCUGUUCUGCAGUCAAACGAAUACGCGGCCCCGCAGGAGAACCACGCGUUUACCCCUCCCCCGCCGCCGCAGCCCUCAAGCGAGAAGGGCAGCUCCACGCAGGGUACGCCGUCGCAACAGGCAGUGGCCCCGACUGUGUUGUCACCGAAGCCACACAACCCGAAUCAGCAAGCAGGCGAAACGGCGUCUACCACCUCCUCGCUGCACCGCUCCCGCCUGUCCGAGACGCCCAGCGCGGCGCAGGUCUCCAUAAAAGCAUCCUCCAACGCAGGAAUGGCGAAGAGCCCGCUGUCCGAUGUCGAUCGACCAGCGGAGGAGCUCAACGCUUCGCACGAUACGGUCGUCGAAGCAAAGACCGGGCAAACACCACCGGCGGCGAGCGACAAGUCUUCGCUGCAGAGCUCCCAAUCCAAAACGGCACCAACGCAAUCGGCCCACUCCGCUGCGGCACUGCGCGACGAGCCGUCUUCCAUUGCCGCCAACACCGGGGCCGCCGCGGGGUCCGAAGUCGCCCUUCAGUUUUCUCCCGACCAAAACAGCGAACGGGACAACGAGGCGGUGGCGGCCGAAACGCAGACGGCGGCGACGAGGGGCAGUGCCGCCGACGCCGCUCCGUUAGAGGCGGGGGCGCCCACCCCGGCCAACGCUGAGUCGAACACCGCCCCUGCCGCAGCGGCGGCGACGGAGGCCCCAAGGAAAAAGAAGGCGUCCGCAGGCUGUGGCCCGUUCUCCUCGUCCAAGAAAAAGAAGAAGGCGGAAAAAGAGAAGGCGGUGGCGCAGGCGAACGGGCCGUCACCCGCGGCCGACGCGGACGAGCCCGCACCAGCGACGGAGGCUCCACGGAAGAAGAAGACAUCCGCCGCGUGCGGUCCGUGUUCGAAGAAGAAGGCGGACAAGAAAAAGGUGUCAGGGGCGGGAGAGACCGCAGACGAGCAGCCGGCUGACCAGGCGGUGGAUGUCGCCGUGGACGCUGCCGAAGGCGCAGCGGCAACGACGUCUCCCCACCGCGAGGGCUCGGCAGGUGCGCUGAGCAUCCCCGUUGCGGCCGGUGCGGAGCUCAGCGAGGACCCUCGCAGCGCCUCGCAGCAGGAGGAGCCCCCAAAAGAAGAAAAGAGCGACCUGCAGCACAGCGCAGACGCAUCGGCAGAGGCACCCGCAACGUCGACCGUUACCGGAAUGGAGGAGGUGCCUCAUCAACCGCCACAGGAAAAUGAAGCGGCUGCUGCUGCUGCGGCAGACCCCAACCAGGCCACUGCGCCGACGCCCCAAACGGCCUCUUCUCUGUCUUCUGCGUCUCGUUCGGCGAGCUUCAAGGAGCACGCGGACGGCGCCGAGGAAGAGGAUAGAAUGAAGAAGGCAAAGAAAAGCGGGGAAGCUGAAAGCGCGAAGGGGGCGGUGCCGGCUGCGGCUACGGCGGAUAAGGGGGGAGAGCCAGAGAAGCUCGCCAAAGGCCACCACACAAAGCGUGUGAAGGCAGUGGUGCGCAGGAAGCGUGAGAAGCCGAAGGAGGAUGUCGCCGGAGACACGACGCGUGAGGACAACAGAGCGAAGGCAAGCGACGCGAAGGCGCAUUCAACCUCCCGUGACGCAGCGCAGCAGCCGGAGGAGGAAAAAGUGAGCGUCAAGGAAGCAACGCAGGGGUCAAAGGCUGCCUCCACUUCGCACCUCACCUCCAAAACGAAGGCCUCGUCUGACAAGCUUGCCGCUGCCGAUUCUACGGCACCAGAUCGUGCAUCUGCGAAACACUCCAAUAAGCGUGCCAGUCUCCCGCCAAGUGCGAAGGAGCCUCUCAAGCACAGCGGCUCCUACGGCAGUCAUAGCAGCUACAGCGGCUCCGGCUCGUACUCCUACUUCUACUCCAACAGCUACACCGGCUCAAGCGAGCGGGACGCCUCCAAGAAAGGGAAGGGCGAGCAGGAAAACACAGUUCUGUCCUUCUCAGCACCGCCCCUAGCAUCAUCGAAGCACGCAGCCCACUCUGCACCCAACCCACAACUGCCCUCCCCUCCCGCGGCGUCCGCGCUGCAGCUUACUCAGCAAACGGAGGGGUCGCGCCCGCAGAACGGGGCGGAAGUUCACUUCCCGCGCUGGAGUGUCCGCGCGGACGAUCUCACGCUGCGGGAGGUGGAGCUGCCCGCCACGUUGCCGGCCUAUCAACGACGCAUUCUGCUCGACCUGCGUGCCCGCGAGCGCCGUGACGCUGAGGAGGCGGCGAGGGAUCUGCAGGAGCUGACCUUCCGUCCGCGCAUCCACACCCUGCCCGGGCAGGAGGUGUACCGCAACAAUCUGAUCGAGGAGGACCGCAGCCAUUCCCCUAUAGGCGGUGGUGGCGGCGGGGGUGGUCGGCGCAACGAGUCGCCGUCGUACUCGGACGUCUCGCCGCGACGUUACAGCGUUCGCCACCUCUCCCCUCGGCUGCUGGAGCCUCGCAAGGCUCCGCCACAGCCUGCUCUGCCCUCCUUCACGCCGGAGAUCACCGAGUAUGCCCGCAAAGAAGUUUCGCACGACCGCAGCGUCUUCCAGCGUCUCUACAACCACAGCAGCCCGCCCUCGCCGGGGAGCGCGCCGACGUACUCGCACAGGCCGGAGAUCUCCGACUUUGCGAAGCAGCUGUACCCCGUGCCGCGUGGAAGGCGGCUGCCGAGCCGUCCCAACGAGAGCCGUAGUCGCGACAGAGAAGACUCGGGGCUGCGGCGGGAGUCCGUCUUUGAUCGCCUGUACCGCCAGCGCAACUCUCCUAGCACGAGCCCCAACACGUCGCCGUCGCGCAGCGGUGCCCGCCCCCCGUCCUUCCAUCCACAGAUAACGGCGAUGGCGCAGCGGCAGUGGGAAGGGGUGCCGAAGGAGCCGGUAGGCGACCGCCUCUACCGCAACGCCCGCUCGCCGCGGCGCGAGAACCGCAGCCCGUAUCAUCGAGACAACGACGACGACAGUCGCAGCGACCUUCUCAAUGGGCAUCGUCCGCACGACAACAAGGAGGUGAACGUGAAUGACCAGGGCGAGUACGACCCACAGCGGGACUACGCCACGCGGCGGGAAUACGGAAUGGGCGAGGCGGUGGUGCCGCAGAGCGAUCGCACGUCGUGGACGUCGUCGUCGCUGUCGCGGUCUUCCUUCUCCAUGAAGGGACCGGCAUCUGUAAAAGGGGAGCUGCGCCGCACCUUCUCAGAGAAGCAGGCAGCUGUGGAGGCAGUUUAA